CUCAUUCUGCCCAUGAAGACCGCCCUCAACACGAGGGAGCCCCGCAUCAUCUGCCCGACUCUCAAGAUCCUCCAGCAGAUGAUUCUGUUGAGCCCCAUGAUCGGCCAGGCGCUGGUGCCGUACUACCGACAGCUCCUUCCGAUGUUCAACCUGUUCCGUGGGAUGAACAGCAACAUAGGAGACGCCAUCGAUUACAACCAGCGUUCCAGGAUCAACGUUGGGGAACUCAUCAUGGAGACCCUCGAGGUGAUGGAGCAGUUUGGAGGACCCGACGCCUUCAUCAACAUCAAGUACAUGAUUCCAACGUAUGAGAGCUGCGGGCCCUGACGCUUUUGUGCUGCCCUGACACGGGCCGGAGGAUUCACUUGCGUUCUCGAGAAACGGACGGCGGGACGAGGAGAUUUGACCGGCCGGGAGGGAGAGAAUAGAAAG